AUGAAUAUUAUCGAAAAUGCUGAGAAAGAAUGUGCCGUACUCGGCUCAUUAUUUCAAGGAAUUGUCAAUGAAAUGAAGAACAGUUCAACAUUAUGGGAGGAUUUGGUAUCAAAAGCCAACAAAAUGCAUAUUCAACUCAAAUCAACAAUCAUUACUUUCAGUCUUUUUCUUGAUGCAUUUCAACGUAUUGCUGAUUUAGCAACAAAUACCAAAGGUGCAACAAGAGAUAUUGGUACUGCAUUAACACGUUUAAUAUUACGUCAUAAAUCAAUUGAACAAAAAUUAAAAUAUUUUACAAAUUCUCUAGUUGAAACAUUUAUUCAACCAUUAAAUGAUUGUAUUGAAGAUUGGAAAAAAUCUGCUAAUACAUUAGAUAAAGAUCAUGCAAAAGGUCUUAAAGAUUAUAAAAAAUUACGUAAUGAACUACGUAAAAAAGCGUCUGAAACUGUUAAAUUACAAAAGAAAUGUCGAAAAUUACCAAAACAUGAUAUAUUACAUAAUAAAUUAAAUUCAGCAAUACAGGAAGUAUCAAAUUAUUAUGGAAUGUUAGAAGAACGUGAAAAACAAGCACUUAGAUCAGCUAUGAUCGAAGAACGUAGUCAUUUUUGUACAUUAUUUACUUUAUUAAAACCUGUUAUGGAUCUUGAAAUUUCAGUUGCAUCUGAAAUGAGUCAUAUUGAAGAUCUUGUUCAAUGUUUAAGUAAACAUACAAUUGAUCCACAUUGUUUACCAAUAUCCAGUGAACAAGUUAUUAAAGAUGUUAAAGGAAUUGAUUAUAGUACUAUUGUUGCAUUUAAAACUCCUCCAUCAUCACCAAGUUCAUUAAGUUCACGUAAAUCAAGUGUUUGUUCGAUAAAUAGUAUCAAUAGUUCAUCAUCAAAUUCAUUAAAUAAUGUACAUAGUCCAAAUCAUAAACAAGGUCAUCAUCAUCAUCAUCAACAACAACAACAACAACAACAGCAAUAUCAACAACCACAAUUAUCUAUACCAAUUCAACAUCAAUUUUAUCAUUCGAAUACAAAUCGAUCAUUAUCAAUGCCUUCAAAUGUAGCAGUAAGUCGUAUAUCCAGUGUUUCAUCUCAAGACUCAGGUUUUACAUCUCAAGAACAGUUUUUUGCUCGGCCACCAUCCCCAUUAGAAGAAUCAGAACGUGAAAUGGAUGGAAGUACAAGUCCAUUAUUAGUUGUUUCUUCGACAUUGAAUGCUUGGGCAAAACGUCCUGAAAUAUCAUCAAAUUGUAAACAUCCAGCAACAGUAACUGGUGCACCAGAACCAAUAAAAAGUUGUCGACCUGCAAUAACAGCACAUACAUUUGAUCCUCCACCAGCGAGUUUAUUUGAGAAACCAAAUUGGCAAAUCUAUGAAGAAACAAAUCCACGUAUAACAACUAUUUCUGAUGAUAGUACAUUAUCUCGUCAACAUUCUGUACCAUCUCGUCGUUGUCGUAUGCGUGAUCUUAGUCUUGAAAGAUCAUCAAUAAAUAAUAUUAGUAAUGGUCGAAUUAAACCUACUCAACCACCUAUUGUACCACAAGAUUACUAUGGAACUAUUAUUAAUCGUCAUAGUCCAGAAGAUAUCAAUCAACGUCUUCGUAAUGGUUCAUUACCAAAUGAAACGAUGAUAAUUGAUCCACGAACAAUUGCUUGGCGUGAUCGUUCAAAUCAAAAUGGUAAUUAUUAUGGUAGGCCAUCAUUUGAAUCCGCUGAUGAAACACUCGAUGAAAUGUAUGAAUAUUUAACAAAAAGUAUUCAUCCAACAAAUCAACAAUAUAAAAAUGAGACUCUUCGUCGUGGUACAUCAAUAGUUUCGAAUUCGAAUGAAAAACCAGCACCACCAAUACGUCGUACACCAUCAAUAAAUACAAAUAAUAAUCAACAUAUAAAUGAUAGUCUUAUGAAAGCUCAUUUAAAAUGUACUCAGGAAAUACUUCAAUUAAAUAAUCAUGACGAUUUUCCUCCACCACCACCUGAUUUUCUUUUAUCCAAUGAUUCUAAACCAAUAAUAUCACCAUCAAAACCAACAGCAACAACAACUAAUCCUCAGUCAUCCUUACUUGCAGAAAUUCAACGUGGAGGUUUUAAACUACGUAAAACGGCGAUCGAUAAAGAUAAAUCUGCUCCUCGUAUAAAAUAA